AGCAUUUUAGCAUUUAUCUUUUUUGUUAAUGGGAGACUCAAAAGACACCUUUUUCAGCGUGUAUAAAUACGAAAACUGAAUGAAACAUGAAAAAAAUCAACACAGAACAGAGAUAGUGAGUGACUGAGAGAGGUGACGGUCUCAAUCUCCGACGGUUACAGAUCUCCCGGCGACCUUCAAAUCCUCGCCGGACAACCGAAGGCCGGCGGUUUGAGAAAUCCACUCGACGAUGAUCAAGCAUCGAAACAGUAAAAUCCCGAAGGUUCUGGAAAAUCGAGCUGAAUCUGAGAAGAUGAAGAUCACGAAAACGAAGACGAAAACGAAGAGACAGAGACCUCAAUUGGUAAGGUACGAAGACUUGCCUGAGUAUUUAAAGGACAACGAGUAUAUUUUGGACCAUUACAGGUGCGAAUGGCCAUUAAAGGACAUGUUCUUAAGCCUCUUUUCUUGGCACAACGAGACAUUGAACGUUUGGACACAUUUGUUAGGGUUUCUGAUUUUUGCCGGAUUAAUGACGGUGACUUUCACGGGGAAGACGGAGUUAGGAGGUGUGCUUGGAAAUUUCUCAAGAGCUUCGGUUUCAGGACCCUGGACGAUGACGACGAAGGAAUUCAAUGUUUCAAACGACAAUAUUCAGGAUUCACAUUUGAGGCAAAUCCCAAACCCUUCAACUCCAACUCAUCUCCAUCCGGAAUCAGACACCACAGACCCCAUUCCCAUAUGGCCUUGGUUCAUCUUCUUAGCCGGGUCAAUGGCCUGUUUAAUUUGCAGCUCUGUUUCCCACCUCUUAGCCUCCCACUCCAAACGUUUCAGCUCCUUUUUCUGGCGCCUUGAUUACGCCGGAAUCUCAAUCAUGAUAGUCUCUUCAUUCUUUGCCCCAAUCUACUACGGCUUCUCCUGUCACCCCAUCUCAAGACUCCUCUAUCUCACCUCCAUUUCAGUACUUGGAGUCUUAGCCAUCAUCACACUCCUCUCCCCUGCUCUUUCAGCUCCUCAAUUCCGCACCUUCAGAGCCACCCUUUUUCUGGCAAUGGGGUUCUCGGGAGUGAUUCCCGCGGUGCACACCGUUGUCCUACAUUGGGGCUCUAAACAUAUAAUGGUGGCACUUGCAUACGAGCUGUCAAUGGCUCUUUUCUAUGGUUUGGGAGCUGCCUUCUAUGUUAGUAGAGUGCCAGAGAAAUGGAAACCAGGUAAAUUCGAUAUAGCUGGACAUAGUCAUCAGAUUUUCCAUGUGUUUGUUGUUUUAGGGGCCCUAGCUCAUAGCGCAGCCACAUUAGUUGUCUUGGAUUUUCGCCGAGGAUCACCCACCUGCCACUAAAUAAUAAUCGUAAGCUUUAUUUAUUAUUAUAUAUAUAUACAUAUUUAUGUAAUCUAUUAUUGUAAUAUAUUGUAUUAGUGUUUAGUUGAGCAGUCAAGCUUUUCCCUCGAAGUGGGUUACAAUUUUUUUUUUUUUGGUUGUUGAAAGGCCACCACCUAGGAGUUUACAGGGUACUUAAUUCUCCAAGUGGCUUUGUAGAUUUAAUUUCUUGAAAUUAUAUAUUAAGGAGAACCAAAAAAAAAAAAAAAGAGAAUCUAGACGUGUGUUCAUCAUCUUGGGUGCUCCAAUUAUUGUAUUUUUCAAUUGUUUAUUAUUAUUAUUUAUUAAAUAUUUAUUAUGCUUCAA